AUGGCAGACCUCGCAAGCCUUCCCAACGAGCUUUUCGACUCAAUCUCGGCGCACCUCUCGAAUAAAGACAUAAAAAAUCUUCGCUUAGCGGGAAGGGAAACUCGCAUUUUCCUGAAAUUUCAACGAGUGUUUCUGAGCGCCAAUCCCCGCAAUAUCGAAGUGUUCCGCGCCGUAGCAGAGCACGAAGUCUAUCGCUAUCGGGUCAAAGAAAUCAUAUGGGACGAGACACUCUUGCGGACUAAGAGAGACGAUAGGCCCCAGAAUGAUGAGAGAAUAAAACUAUACCAUGAGAAUUGUGACAUUGAUGGCAUGGAUUCAAAGAUGCCAGGUCAUGCUAUAAGACAAGAGAUACUCAAGAGCAAACUCUCUAGCGCGGAAAGCUUGAUAUACUACGACAAACUGUGUCAGGAGCAAGCUGUUGUCUUGGAGAAAAACCUGGAUGUCAAGGCAUUUGAAUAUGGUCUUGAAAGAUUGCCGAAUUUGUCGCGCGUGACCAUGACACCUGCCGCACAUGGGCUGCAAUUUCUACCGCUCUACAAGACACCCAUGAUUCGCGCCUUUUCCUACGGCUUCGCGUACCCGAUUCCAAAACCUUGGCAUAGGUGUGGAGGCAUUACUAGAUCAAGUCAACGGUGGCAAGAUGAGGAAGAAGAGGGAAUGACCCGAGCGCUUCGAGGGGCAUUGGGGAGCUUGGCAGCUCAGGACCAUUCCGUGACAGAGCUGGUUGGGGACGUGAUUGGGUUAACCAGCGACGGGAAGAAUGGCAUCUCCUUCGACGACAACUCCCUAGACUAUGAGACUUUUGGCAAAGUCGUUAGGAAACCUGGUUUCCGUCGCCUUGAUUUGGCUUUCGACAUUGGGAACCUCGCCGACGAAAAAGCCCCUGGGAACAAGCGUCUAUACAAGGCAAUGGCAGACAUGGUUGAUCUGGAGCAUCUCCAUUUCGUAAUGACUCCAUAUAGAUUGACAUCAUACCUCAGAUGCGACGGAUACACUCAACUUGCUGGGAUUCUUCCGGUCAAGAACUGGCCACGGCUGCGCCAUUUUGGGUUGACCCGGGCUGCGGUCGCGCUGGAUGAUCUACUGGGUUUCAUCCGAGAACUACCGUCGACACUUGAAAGCAUAGAGCUUAGUGACCUAGUCUUCAAGCCAUGGAGAAACGGCUACCGCAAUCUUCUGUAUGGCCUACGCGAUUCGUUGGAGUGGAAGAACAAGGUGGGCGCGGAGCGCAUCACAGUAAGCAUCAGCCUAACGAUGUCCCGGGUGCGGAAUAAUGGCCUAGAGCGGAGGACAGACGGCGGAGAAGUUUGGGUAGAUGGCCGAGAAGUCUGGGUAGACGACGAAGCGAAUAAGUUCCUGUACGAAAAUGGGAAGAACCCAUUCGAAGAGCAGAAUGAUUCACAGUGGUGGUAUCCCGUACGUGGUGGAGUUGAGCGUUGGGCUUUUGCGCCAGAGUAUGAGCAGCCAUGGGUACCAAGCGCGCAGACAGCAUAG